GCUUCCAGCCGACUUUUCGCCAAUGGUCCAAAGCGACAUGUCCAAGUCGCCUCCCACAGCGGCGGCGGCGGUGGCGCAGGAGAUCCCGAUGGAACUGCUGGAGAACGCGGCUCCCGCGGGGGCGCUCGGAGCGGCCGCACAGGUAGCGAGAGCGCCGCGCCUUCUCCUUUCUUUGUGAGCAGCCGGGGCGCCGACCUCCCGCUCUCCAGCCGCCUCCUCCGCUAGGAUCCCUCGCCUGGCCGCUCCCUCCCGCCUGGGUCUCCUCCGCCACCCCCUCUCCCUUCGCCCUUUGCCACCCGCUUCUCCUCUCCUGGCGCCGGGGACCCUGCCCCGUCUCGCCUGUCCCUGGCUCUUCCGCGGCUUCCAUUUUUCUCUGCUUCCGAAAAGCGAGUGGGAAGGGGCGGGGGAGACCUCUCGGUCUUCAGAGGCUGCGGCCCCCGGGCUGCUCGGUCAGCCCUCCUCGCCCCCUCCCGGGAGAGGCACAUGGAGAGACAUGAACCAGGCGAGUGGACUGGACCUGCUCAAGAUCGGAAAUGACUUAAGACUCCUAGCUGUGGGGCCGCUUGGCGAGUGCCGGGAAGAGUCAUAUGGAAAAGGAGCUAGAAGGAAAAAUAGAUUUAAAGGAUCCGAUGGGAGCACUUCCUCUGACACUACCUCAAAUAGUUUUGUUCGGCAGGGUUCGGCAGACUCCUACACCAGCCGUCCAUCCGAUUCAGAUGUUUCUUUGGAGGAAGAUCGGGAGGCAGUGCGCAGAGAAGCAGAGCGACAGGCCCAGGCCCAGCUGGAAAAAGCAAAGACAAAGCCCGUUGCAUUUGCUGUUCGGACAAAUGUCAGCUAUAGUGCAAUCCACGAAGAUGAUGUCCCGGUGCCAGGCAUGGCCAUCUCCUUCGAAGCAAAAGAUUUUCUGCAUGUUAAGGAAAAAUUUAACAAUGACUGGUGGAUAGGGCGAUUGGUGAAAGAAGGCUGUGAAAUCGGAUUCAUCCCAAGCCCAGUGAAACUAGAAAAUAUGAGGCUGCAGCAUGAACAGAGAGCCAAGCAAGGGAAAUUCUACUCCAGUAAAUCAGGAGGAAAUUCAUCAUCCAGUUUGGGUGACAUAGUCCCUAGUUCCAGAAAAUCUACACCGCCAUCAUCCGCUAUAGACAUAGAUGCUACUGGCUUAGAUGCAGAAGGAAAUGAUAUUCAAGCCAACCAUCGCUCCCCUAAACCCAGUGCAAACAGUGUAACGUCACCCCACUCCAAAGAGAAAAGAAUGCCCUUCUUUAAGAAGACAGAGCACACUCCUCCUUACGACGUGGUUCCUUCUAUGCGACCAGUGGUCUUGGUGGGCCCUUCUCUGAAGGGGUACGAGGUCACGGAUAUGAUGCAGAAAGCGUUGUUUGACUUUUUAAAACACAGAUUUGAAGGGCGGAUAUCCAUCACAAGGGUCACGGCUGACAUCUCGCUCGCCAAGCGCUCCGUGUUAAACAAUCCCAGCAAGCAUGCAAUAAUAGAAAGAUCCAAUACAAGGUCAAGCUUAGCGGAAGUUCAGAGUGAAAUCGAAAGGAUUUUUGAACUUGCAAGAACACUGCAACUGGUAGUCCUUGAUGCAGAUACCAUUAAUCAUCCAGCUCAACUCAGUAAAACUUCUUUGGCCCCUAUUAUAGUCUACGUAAAGAUUUCUUCUCCUAAGGUUUUACAAAGGUUAAUAAAAUCUCGAGGGAAAUCUCAAGCUAAACACCUCAAUGUCCAGAUGGUCGCAGCUGAUAAACUGGCUCAGUGUCCUCCAGAGCUGUUUGAUGUGAUCCUGGACGAGAACCAGCUCGAGGAUGCUUGUGAGCACCUGGCUGACUACCUGGAGGCCUACUGGAAGGCCACCCACCCUCCCAGCAGCCAUCUCCCCAACCCGCUCCUUAGUCGUACUUUAGCCACUUCAGCUCUGCCCAGUAGCCCCACUCAAGCCUCUAAUUCACAGGGUUCUCAAGGGGAUCAGAGGACUGAGCGCUCCGCUCCCGCCCGCUCUGCCUCCCAAGCUGAAGAAGAACCCUGCCCGGAACCCGUCAAGAAACCCCAGCACCGUUCCUCCUCCUCCGCCCAGCAUCACAGCCAUCGCAGUGGGACGAGCCGAGGCCUCUCCAGGCAGGAGACAUUUGACUCAGAAACCCAGGAGAGUAGAGACUCUGCCUAUGUGGAGCCGAAGGAAGAUUACUCCCACGAACACGUGGACCACUAUGCCCCCCACCGUGACCAUAACCACCGAGAUGAGCCCCACGGGAGCAGUGAGCACAGACACAGGGAGUCUCGGCACCGUUCCAGGGACCUGGAUCGAGAGCAGGAGCACAACGAGUGCAACAAACAACGGAGCCGGCAUAAAUCCAAGGAUCGCUAUUGUGACAAGGACGGAGAGGGCCUCUCCAAAAAACGGAACGAGGCUGGGGAGUGGAACAGGGAUGUUUACAUCCGCCAGUGACUUUGGCCCUUUUACGUUUCUUUUUUUUUUUUUUAAGUCUUGUAUACCCCCACCCUCAGACUCAAUCUCUGGGGUCUACAUUGCAGUCAUAUGUGAUCUGUCCUGUAUACUUUGUAUUGCUGUUGCUCAAAUAGC